GACUCGUGGUGUGCCUCGGCUUGCUUCAUAACACAGCGCUUUGCUUCUUAGGUUUCACCUCUGACAGCUUUCGCCAAGUUUUGAUUUGAUAGGAUAAGAGCAGCGGGGGCAUUAGGACCAGGAGAAAGACGCACACAUGGCUCUGUAUUAUGUCUGGCAAAGCGCUUCCUGACUGAGUGCUGCAGUUAUGUGUGAAGCAAAGUCAGGGACCGACUAGUUCUCAUCUGUUGAUCACAGUGAACUUGAAGCCUCAGACGGGGGAAAGCUGUCAGAUCUGCUUUCAGAGAUGAGGGGAGGGAAACUCUGAAGAAGCAGGAAACGCUCUGGAAGGAAGCUGUUAGAAAUGGGAUUUCUUUGCACCUAGAAUUUAAAGAGGAAAAGAUCAAAACUUAAGCUGUUCUUUUCAUUGGCUGAACAUGCUCUUUCCUGACUGAGCCGGGACUCCGUAACAACGCAUCUACUCCAUCCCACUGGAUCCAUGCUGCCUUUUACCACACAUGUUCUUGAGGAAGAAAUGCAGAUAUGGAUCACGUAAGCUGCAGUUUCUCUCGCUGUUGCUGAUGCUGGGCUUUUUGCUGCUGAUGGUUACAACGCUGAAUCCGCCAGCCAGCAACCGGAGCAAGGACGGGACUUUCCAGCCUGUGGAGUUCAACCCCAGGGAAGGGCACCAGGUGGACUUUGCGGAGACCCAAGAGAUGCUGGAGACCCAGGAGGAGAGCCAGCAGUACUACCCCUUGGACGGGCUGUCGCCGUUCAUCUCCCUGCGGGAGGAUGAGUUGAUCGCGGCCGUCGUGUCCCCCACGGGUCGAAGGAACCACAGCAAGGCCAGGAAAGGCUAUCGAGUGGUGAAGCAGCAAAGCAGGCGGCCGGAGGCGAAGGAGGGGGACCCCGAGUCCCAGCUCCUGUCCCUGCCUCUGGGGGACGGCAACGGGGCCGCGACGGGGGAGCGCCCGCUCGGCUUGGAAACCCACGGCUUCAACGAAGCGCUCAGCGAGCGGAUCCCUCUGCGCAGGGAGCUGCCUGAGGUACGACACCCGUUGUGCCUACAGCAAGAAUAUGACUCCAGCCUGCCUACUGCUAGUGUCAUCAUCUGUUUCCAUGAUGAAGCCUGGUCUACUCUGCUGAGAACAGUGCACAGCAUUAUUAACACAGCCCCAAAGGCCUCCCUCAAGGAUAUCAUCCUAGUGGAUGACCUGAGCCAGCAAGGGCCCCUGAAGUCAGCCCUGAGUGAGUACAUCUCGAAGCUGGAUGGCGUGAAGCUGAUCCGGAGCAACAGGAGGCUUGGAGUCAUCCGAGGUCGGAUGCUAGGAGCUGCACGGGCAACUGGAGAUGUGCUUGUCUUCAUGGAUUCGCACUGCGAGUGUCAGAAGGGCUGGCUGGAGCCGCUCCUGGCCAGGCUGUCCAGCAACAGAAACAGUGUCGUCUCCCCUAUCAUAGAUGUCAUAGACUGGAAGACUUUUCAGUACUAUCACUCUGUGAGCCUACAUCGAGGUGUUUUUGACUGGAAACUAGAUUUUCAUUGGGAACCAGUGCCAGAGCAUGAAGAGAAGGUACGACAGUCUCCCACCAGCCCUAUCAGGAGUCCUGCAGUAGCUGGUGCAGUAGUUGCCAUGGAUCGACACUACUUCCAAAACAUUGGAGCUUAUGAUUCUGACAUGACCAUGUGGGGAGCGGAAAAUCUAGAGCUAUCUAUAAGGACCUGGCUCUGCGGUGGCUCUGUAGAAAUCAUUCCAUGCUCCCGUGUUGGGCAUGUCUAUCGACACCAUAUUCCCCAUGCUUUCUCCUAUGAAGAGGCCAUUGUGAGGAACAAAAUCCGAAUAGCAGAGACUUGGCUGGGUUCUUUCAAAGAGAACUUCUACAAGAAUGACACAGUGGCUUUCCUAAUCAGCAAGGCAGAGAAACCAGACUGCAGCGAGCGUCUUCAGCUACAGAAGAGACUGGGCUGUAGAAGUUUCCAGUGGUUUAUAACAAAUGUGUACCCUGAGCUCUCCCGGCCUGAAGACGCACCAAGAUUAUCUGGCAAGCUUUACAAUACUGGUGCUGGCUUCUGUGCAGAUUACAGACCUGGAAUGGCCUUGGCAGAUGGCUCUAUCAAACUCUCUCCUUGCACUAACAGCCUCACCCAGCACUUUGAAUAUAACAGCAAGAAGGAAAUCCGUGUCGGGUCUGCUCCGCUGUUUUGCCUUGAUGUCAGACAUGGGAAGGUUAUCCCUCAAAACUGCACAAAGGAGACAGAUAACAGUGAGCAGCACUGGGACGUCCAGGAGAAUGGAAUGAUUGUCCAUGUCCUUUCUGGCAAAUGCAUAGAAGCAGUGAAGAGUGAAGAUGAGAAGGACUUGUUUUUGUCUGUAUGUAACAAGAACACAAAUCAGCUGUGGCAAUUUGAACGUUCCCAAGGGCUACAUCAGAGAUAACUGGCAGGUCUGUGGGGAGAUCAAGUCUCCAAAAUUUAGCAUUACUUCUCUUUGGGAUUCAAGAUAUGAACAUUUCCUACAAGAAAAGAAAGAUGUUUGUGUUUGCUGUAUUAUACAAGGAAGCUAGGAAGGUCCUCCUUCAAAAACCUGGCUCAAACAGUUGCUGCUGGUUCCUGGUUUUUCAGCUCAAGCUAAAAUUUCCAUUAUUCCAUGAAGCAGGGAAUAAAGAUACUGUGAGCAUCAAUAGGUUCUCAACUCUGUUACUGCACAAGACAGUUCAGUUUGCCAUUUGAAGGAAAUGUGGGAAACUGGCUGCCAGACAGCUUGUCUUCCAGCCUAUUCUGUGACUUCUGAGGAUACAGGAAAAUGAAUGUCAAGGAAACACUUGAAGCUGUUUAGAGGACAUCAGCCAAAUCAGGAGAGAAGUUUAAUCUAGUUGUACAGUGCACUCGACUCAUAUGAAACAAAGUAGGUUUUAUAUGUAGAAAAGUAGUAGGUGCUUUCAUGUGUAAUAGCUAAAAUCCUGUUUUCCAGCCUGAGCCAGAUUUCUAUCAUCCAUAAGACAGCACAAUUCAUAAAUUAGUACUUAAUUAGGCACUAACUGCUUUAAUUGCUUUGGACUACCAACAAUCCGCAGAGUUUGGCACACUCUUCCUCAUAUCCUUCAUCCAGAGUCUAAUUGGAUGGGAUAAUGAGACAGAAUUAUUACAACUUCUUUGUUUCAGUUUUCAUGAAAUCUAAGAACAACUCUCACAAAAACUUUUGUGGAAUAUGGAAGAAAACUGAAGCAGAUUUGAGAGCAGACUGGCAGCUCUCUGCUGCUUAUUGUGAAAUUGAAAGUACCAGUGACAUUCAUUUGUUCUUAUAAAGCUUUGGGAUGAGCUCGUUAUUAUUGCAGUGACAAAAGUGCUGGUUGGAAAGAAGAAGGGAAAUGACAGGUUUCAACACUGGCUAUCUAGGAAGAAAAUACUGAUGUCUGCUUCUACUUGCUUGCUGCCCACUGUACUGAGUAAGUCUCCUACACUGUGAGUUUUAGCCAUGAAGAUCUUUUAGACUGUUGCUGUCAUGGGUCUCCCAGCUGAUCUGCAAAAGGUAACAACAUGUGUAAUUUUCUAAAGAAUCUUCUUCUGUAGGGCCUGCAUCCCCUCUGACCUCCUGUCUCUCACAGAAGUGACUGAGAGUUCGUGUUAGGUAAUGAGAAUGGUCUCGGUAUGUGCUAGCAAAGCAAACUUUUAUCUAUAUUUUGUCAGGGCACUUGCAAUUUUGGAAUUAAAUAAUGACAACACUUUCCAAGAGCCUUGUAGGACAGAAUAAUGAAGAUCUGGGAGCUUUCCCAUGUCGGCUCCACACCUGACUUAUUGCAUAAAGCAAUCAUACAUACAUAUAUUUAUUAAGGGGGAAAGACGUUGUUAAUGAAACGUAAGGUGAUGUUGAUUUUUUUUCCAAGAGAUGGAAAGAAAAUUGCUUUCUUACAAAAUGUACAGCAUGUGGAUGAUCUUGUAGGUCCUUUCCAAUCUUGUGAUUCUACCAUUCUAUGAUUCUAUGAUAUUGCGUGAGCUUCAGACAAAGGAAGGAGCAAUGCUCAGCUUAGAGUAUUCCAGCGGCCGGCUCUUGCUUAACCGUAACACAUUUGUUUCAAGCCUAUAAGAUUGGCUACAACAGAAGACAUGAGCAGCAUUCUGUGUUAUGUUGUCCAAAACAUUCCCCAGUGAGGUCCCUGCUUGGUUUGAGUGCUGCAGUUUCCACAUCGUGUUCAGGCACCACUCCAACCACUCUAAUUACCACUUACUCUUUCUCUGAUAGCAUCAGAACCCAAUGCCAUUUGCUGCUCUGUCACUUAAAAUUCCCUGUGACACUCUUCAUUGAAGACGCUUCAGUUUUUAACUGAAAGGAUAGUGAAACUCUCUGCCCAAGGAGGUUGUGGAUGCCCCAUCCCUGGAGCCAUUCAAGGCCAGGCUGGAUGUGGCUCUGGGCAGCCUGGUCUGGUGGUUGGCGACCCUGCACACAGCAGGGGGGUUGAAACUCAAUGAUCAUUAUGGUCCUUUUCAACCCAGGCCAUCCCAUGAUUCUAUGAUUCUAUGGUAACAGAACAAGAAGUGAUCUACGAUCAUUGCCAGAUGUAGAGUGAGAAAAGACAUUCUCUAAAAUCACAGAGAAGUUGAAUGAAAUGCUGUUUUAAUUAAAUGUGAUUCCUUUUUUUUUUUUUAAUUAUGACAGAUUUUUUAAUUAUGUAUUAUUUAUUCUAUGUUGGACUCUACACUGGGAAUGUCAUUCCUUCAGCAUUUUGCUUCGUGUUUCAAAAACGUUUGUACAAAUGUAACUGAUCACAAGUGGGAUUUGUCAUCAUGAAGCAUGAAAAUAUUUUUGUUUAGAGAGGAAAAGUUUGGAAUAAAACUUAAAAGCUGUGGAGAUCCUCAUCUAAUAGUGCUUUUUAACAGAAUAAUAGAAGACUAGAAAAUAACGUUUGCUGUAGAUAUGUGUACAACAGAAAAAUAUUACAUAAUAUCUCUUCCAACAAUAAAACAUACUGUUCCAAACAA